UCUCUGUUCAGACUUGUAGAAACUCUCACACGCCCAGAGGUUUUUUUUUUUUUUGCGUCUCUCAAGCAAUCCGAGCAGAACUGUUUAAGUUGGGCUAGAGUUUAGGGUCUUGAAUCGGAUUGGCAGACGUUAGAGUAAUUCCCAGUGCGCUUAGGUGGAUUGCAUUGAUGCACUAAGCAUGGGGUUUGAUAAUGAGUGCAUACUGAAUAUUCAAUCUCUUGCUGGAGAGUACUUUUGCCCGGUGUGUCGUCUUCUCGUGUACCCAGAUGAAGCAUUACAGUCACAGUGUACUCAUCUGUACUGUAAGCCUUGUUUGACAUAUGUUGUGAGCACUACUCGAGCGUGUCCCUACGAUGGCUACUUGGUCACAGAGGCAGAUGCCAAGCCCCUUGUUGAAUCAAAUAAGACGCUCGCUGAAACCAUAGGGAAAAUAGCAGUUCAUUGUCUGUAUCACAGGAGUGGGUGCCCGUGGCAGGGGAAUUUAUCUGAUUGCACAUCUCAUUGUUCUGGUUGUGCAUUUGGAAAUUCACCUGUAGUUUGCAAUAGGUGCAGCAUCCAAAUUGUGCAUCGACAAGUGCAGGAACACGCCCUAAGUUGCCCUGGUGUGCCCCAAGCACAGCAGGCAGAGGGUGUUCCAGCCACCUCAGCCUCUGGCACAGCUGCUAUUUCCAAUCAGACCCAGGCUGUCACUCAGGCAGGUACAACGUCUCAGUCACAGGCUUCUCAAACCGCAACUGCCACUAUAAAUGGAGCUGAUCCAAAUUCUCAACCGCAAGCCGUUGUUCAAGCUGCUGCUCUGACUGCUGACCAGUGGUAUCAGCAAAAAUAUCAGCAGUACUACCAGCAGUAUCCUGGAUAUGAUCCGUAUCAACAACAGUAUCAGCAGUACUAUCCCUAUCAGCAGCCAGCAAUUCCGCAACCACAGCAGCCUUUGCAGGGUAGUGCAUCGUAUGGGACUGUUCAACCUCAACAGCCAGCAUACCUGCAGCCUCCUUUCCUACCUCAACCUCAACUACAAACCCAACAAUCUCAAUCUCAAGCUCAAACCCAACCACAGGUUCAGCCUCCACUUGUGCAGGCUCCCAUGGCUGCUCAAACUCAGAGCCAGACAUCAUUUAACCAACACUUACUUCAGCCUGCCGUGGCACCACAGUCACAACUUCAAGCACAGACUUACCCAUCAGCACAUGGCCAAGCUCAACAUCCGCCUCAAGCAUACUUCCAGGCCCAAAUGCCUCAGUAUCAGCAGCCCCAGGUUCAGCAGAUCACACAGACUCAGCUUCAACAGAAUCCCCAACUUCACCCAUCUCAGCUCAUGAAUGCUACAGUCCAGUCUCAGACACAGGUCACAUCAUCUAAUGCAUCAGCUGGCCAUCAUUUGUUCCCUCAAUCUCACCCUCAUCAACCACAGGUCUCAGCAGCCCCCCAACAACGUACUAUGAAUUUGCAAUCUCAAGGAGUGCGUUACUCUCAGUCACUAAACCAUGUUCAGACUCAGAUUCAGUUCCCUCAACAACCCCAACUUCUGCGACCGCCCCCAUUUCAAACAACAAUUUCAAACCAGCAGCAGACAGCCUUGUUGCCUUCACCCAACAUCAUCUAUGCACAACAGCCUCCAGUUCAACAACCUGGAAUUCCUGCUCUCCAGCGCCCUUUAAUGCAGCCAGUCCAACAUCUUAAUCAUCAGCAGUAUCUCCAGAAUCAGUCCUAUGUACAACAGACACCCCCCACAUUGUCGCAGUUACGUCCCCAAGGCCAAUCUCAGUCAUUCCCACAUCAUAUACGUGCCUCAAACCAGUCUCAGCAGAACGUUUUAUUGUCUCAGGGCAUGCAACAUAUUGAGUCCUCAAACCUUGUGGGACGGCCUAUAAUGCCAAAUCAUGGAGUACUACCUCAACCAUAUGCACAAGCAAUAGGAGGUCUUCCAAGGCCAAUGUAUUCUGCUCCACACCAUCAAUCUUCAAAUCAGAAUAAUAUAGGCAGAACUAACAACCAAGUGCAAGUGGGAGCAAAUUCAAGACCACCAGUGACUGCAGGGACAGCAGAGAAAGAAGCUGAGAUAUCGGCUACAAAUGGUGCACAGGAUUUAAGUGUCUCAUCUGUUGUAGCUGAUUCUGAAGUUAAAACUGUAAAAUUUGAGGUGGAUGGAAAUAAACCUUCUUCUGAAGAUACAAGCAAUCAGGGUACCAAGGAGAUUUCAGAGUCUAAGGGGAAGUUGGGGGCGAAUGGAGCGUCUGAAAGUAAGCCAACAUUGAAGGAAGAGGGUGUAGAUAGUACUUUGAAGGAUUCAAGUAACAGUAAAUCAGGUGAACUUGUAGCUGAAGGUGCAAAAGAUGUUCCCAGCAGUGGCACGAAACAGGGUGAGCAUAAAGAAAUGCCACAAGAUGAAGCUCUACUUCAUGGAGUAAAGGAUCAAAAAUUGCAAAAAGAUGCUAGUAGCACUGAUGAGGGCUAUCAAACUGUUUCUAUAGGUCAGGCACAAGCUGGCGGCAUAAUGCAACACACACAUCCUGGUUCUGCUAUACUCCAGCAAAGGCCAGGUGCACCUCCUUUGUCGCAAGUGCCUUCUUCAGGGCCUCCACAUCAUAUAGUGGGUUCUGGGCAACCCGUAGCUCAUUUAAGGUCUCAGGGGCCCAGACAUGUGCCUGGGCAGCCUUCCUAUCUAUCUGAGCAUAUCCAAUCACCUAGAGGAAACCUUGGGUUUGCAGCAUCAUCUGCGAGUGCAAGUCAGCAUGAGCCUUUUAUUCAAAGCCAUGCACCUCCUCAUUCAGGGGCACCCAGAGGUCCACCAUUUGCACCACCCCCUAGUGCUUUUGAUUCUCAUGGAGGUAUAUUGGCCCGCUCAGCACCCCGUGGCCAUGAAGGUCAGAUGGGCCCACUGCGGCCGGCUUUUCAGAUUGAACAGGGAGCUACUGGACAUCCAUCUGGUAUCAUCUCAAACAUGCUCAGAAUGAAUGGAAAUCCAGGGUUCGAAUCCUCAUCAACUCCAGGGUUGAGGGAUGAAAGAUUCAGAGCUUUGCUGGAUGGGAGGUUGAAUCCCUUCCCAGGAGACCCAACUCGUGUGAUAACUCGAUUAGGGUUUGAAGACGAUCUCAAGCAAUUCCCUAGGCCUUCUUUUCUGGAUUCUGAGCCUCUUCCAAAAUUAGGGAAUCACUCAUCUAGAGCUUUUGAUAGGAGACCUCUUGGAGUCAAUUAUGAUACUUGUCUAACCAUAGAUACUGCCGCUGGCUCUGCUCCAAGGUUCCCAUCUCCCUAUGGUCAGGCUGGAUUAAUUCAUGCCAAUGAUGCAGGUGGUUACUCAGAAUUUGCUGGACGGCGCCUUAUGGACGGUUUGGCUCGGCGAAGUCCAAACAGAGAUUACCCUGGUAUCCCAUCUCGUGCAUCUAGGGGAUUUGGCCCUGAUGAUUUUGAUGGCAGGGAAUUCCAUCGAUUUAGUGAUCCGCUCGGCAGGGAAUUCCAUGAUAAUAGAUUUAUUAACCCUCACGGUCAUUUUCGUAGGGGAGAAUUUGAGGGUCCUGGUAAUAUGCGAAUGGAUGAUCAUAUGAGGAACGAUCUGAUUGGUCAAGAUGGUCACCCAGGUCAUCUACGGAGGGGAGAGCAUUUGGGUCCUCAUAACUUGCCUGGUCAUUUGCAUAUGCGAGAUUAUGUGGGUUUUGGUGUUCAUCCUCGACACGCAAGGCCUGGGAGCUUUGAAUCAUUUAUUGGCAGUAGGGCAAGUCAUCCACGUCUUGGUGAGCCUGGAUUUAGGAGCAGCUUUUCACUUCAGAGAUUCCCUAAUGAUGGAACUUAUGCAGGAGAGCUGGAUUCUUUUGAUCACUCUAGGAAAAGGAAGCCAGCUACCAUGGGAUGGUGUCGUAUCUGUAAAGUUGACUGUGAAACAGUUGAGGGAUUGGACGUGCAUUCUCAAACAAGGGAGCAUCAGAGAAUGGCAAUGGAAAUGGUGCAAAUUAUCAAGCAGAAUGCCAAAAAGCAGAAACUAACCUAUGAUCAGUCCUCAGUAGAAGAUGGAAUCAAGUCAAAGAUAUCUAGCAUUGAGAGCAAAGUGAAUACUGAAAAGUCUUGAUUGAUGAUGGGUCCAGUUAAUUCCUUUGGUUUUAUUGCGAUAGCAAUAUAGGUGAUGCACCCUUCCAUGCCUCUUCUCUCUUCUUUCGGGGUGGUUUAUGCUAGCUUUGUCCUUUCAGGUUGCUGCCAUGUUAAUGGAGAUGGUAUUUGGAACUGAAGUUCAAUGGCAGUUAAGUUUGUUGGUUUUUGAUUUUCAAGCAUUCUCUAUUAACAGUAGGAUUAUUUUUGUUGACAUUAGCAAUUAUAAAUUCAGAAGUUUCAUAGUGCUGUUACUUUCUUUUCCAAAUGGUGGCUGCGAUAAACACUAGAUUUGUAGUCUUAGAUCUAUGUCAUCACCUUAUAUGUUAAGUUCAUUCAGGUGUUUAGGAAAACCAUAGAUGUCACAGUGUCACUUAAUAAAAUUUCCUCGACUUGGCUUAGUUUUCUUCUGGGCUUAGAAUAAUCAGUGGUCAUGAUACUGCCAUUGGUUUUUACUCGAAUGACGUUCAACCAACUAUUAGGAGCUUGUCUUAAUUGUGGAGUUCUUACUCUUUCUACAAACACUUUUGCAUCCCAUUUUGAAUCUGGUUUUUAUAUUUCUUACUUGGAGCUUUUGUAUUACACUUGAAUAAACAUCCCUUAUAAUUGUUCAUACUCAUUUCAUAUACAAAAUGUAGCUGAGACUUAUCAAUUUAUUGGCAUUUAUUUUUGUCAAUCUCAUUUAUCAGUCUGCUUCUUCUGUUUGUUACUGUUGUUAUGUUGAAAAAGUGAAAAUCUUCUUAAUGUGAUGAUUUUCAGAAUGAAUGGAUUCUGGAAUAUUGAUAACCUUUUGACUUUAAUGAGAAGUCGAAGAAUUAAAUGGACUAUUGUUAACCGGUCAUGAAUGCAUGAAUACUUAGCAUGUAACUAUGCAGAUGCUAUGCAUUUUUACUGAUAUUUAAGAUAUUCUCUAAUGUACAUAGCUUUUGCUUUAUGGUGUAAUUUUGUUAUAUCACCGUUGUUGAUGGUUCAUUAACAACAUCACCCCCUAUCAUGCAUUGGAAGUGCAGCUAUCAUGGAUAUUGUAGGUAGAGAUAUGUAGAAAUAAUUAAUAAACUUGAUAUUUGUAAAUAACAUAUGUGAAUAGGAUUGACCAUUUUAAGUAGAUUAGUUUUUAGUCAUGUUAUUUAGUAAUGGAAUAGAGAAAGAAAUGCUGUAAAGUGGGUAAAAGUCAGCAAAUAGUAACUUUCACUAUCUAGUAAGGUGUUGUUGCGAAGGCAAUUAUUGGAGAACAUCUAAACAAUGUAGCUUUUAGGGAAGUUUGCACUCGCAUUCCCCACUAAAGUGAGGAGGAAUUUAAGGACUUGGUGUUGGUGUGCCACCCACUGUUGUAACAGAUAGCUUCCUGAUUUCACUUGCAUUGUAUUUUAUUUUGUUAUCGAUACCAAUUGCUUGUGAAUCAACAUUUUGUUUUGUGCAAAUUGUUAUAUCAAACAAAUAUUGGGUCUACCAUACAUGAAAGGCGUCAUAUCUUCAUUUGAAGUACUAUUUUUAUGUCAAUGGCAUUUGGCUUUUGUACCAAAUUGAGCAUCAAUUUCAUAACACAAUCAUAUCAUGAAUAAGCUUCUAUCAUUGUUUUUAUGGUUAAUUUAUGUUUUGGUGCAUUUCAUUUUUAUGAAUAGAUCUUUUCCAUUCAACCCCUCUUUUUUCGGCGAAGCAGACUUCAUAAGGGCUGAAAGUUGGCAGAAAGGUUUACUCUAUCAUCUGUGUUUUAGGUGGUAAGAUUGUUUCCAAUCUUCAAAAUUUGUUUCUGCAGACUUUGUUUUUCAUUAUUGAUUUUAUUAGUUUGGUGAUAUGUUAGGGAUUCUAUCAGUUUCUACAUAUUUAUGAAUUGAGUAUCGUGCUUUCCAUUCCCAUCUAGGAUAAUCUUGAAAAUAGUAUGCUUUUAACUUGCUGUCUCUCAUCACGAGCUACUACAUACAAGCUUAUCUUGUAGAUGUCUUCAAUGGUUAGAAAUCAAUAUUUGGAUCGAGUUUUUGAAGGCCCCUUUUCUUGGGUUAGUUCUAUUUCCAUUGUUUUUGUUGCUUGGAUGACUUUGUCAUUUAUCCUGUUCUUUUGCUUGAAUAUGACUAUGUGAUCUGUCUUCUUGAGUAACAUCUUGAAUGAUAUAAAACAACACCAAACAGAUUGGUUUGUCCGAUAUCUUUGUCUAAGCCAUCCUACACUCUAGAGUAUCAGUACCUUAGAUGUUAUGAAAGAAUGGGCAACGAACCUAAAUCCCGAACGUUAACUUCGUGAAAAACUCAAUAAUUCUAUUAAGCCACUUGUUUCUAAUAUAAGGUGGAAUUGCGUCAAACAACAUAAUAGGGUAAACUUUGCCUUGUAGUUGUAAUAGAAGUACUUAUCUGAGAGUGAUGCAUGUAUUAAGUUCUCAAAUUUGUGUAGAAUCUCCAGAUCUGAUUUAACAAAAAUCUUGUAAUUAGUAAUCUCCCCGCUGAUUGUUAUAUAUCUCGUCUUGAUGCUGAAUUUUUCUCUUCAAAUAUUCGGUAUUUUUUUUCAUCUUUUGAUAUUCAUACUUUAUUAUUAUUAAUGAGUGAGAUUUUCUUGAUGUUGAAUGGAAAUUCUAAAAUUUUAAUUAUGAUAUUUUGUUUAACGGGGUUGUGGGCUUGGUUAAUUUAUUUAUUACUUUUCUAUGGUGUUUAUCUAAAGACCCAGGACUAAUGUUUCAUUAUCUAAAUAGUCCCACUGUCAGCCAAUCUAUAAAUGUUUAAAUGAUGUUAGUACAGGAGAUAAGCCUUAUGGAUAAUAAAAAUCUUUGAUGGCUCAUAAUGAGAGGCCGUCCAAUAAUCCAAAUGAUAUGAACAGUUCAUAAUCACCCUAUUAUGAACAAAAUUGAAGGAAAAGAAAUAUGGCAAAACACUAGAUCCAAUACUCUAGAAGAAGGGCACAAUGGGUGAGGGGUAGAGAUCUUAGGUUCAAACAAAGAAUAUGACUAGAUAAUUAUUGGCAAUGAACAAAGAAGAUAUUAUAUUCUCCAUAGGGAUGCAGUAGCUGAUGAUAACAAUGGGUACUUGGGUUUGGUGGAAGUAGUGAGUGAGUGAUUGAUUGCUUCCUGCUAACGUCAAUGCAUGGAUUGCUUACUGUUUUUGCAAGUGCUAGCUUAGCCUCCAAGGGUGUCUGUGGGUCUCGGCGAGCUGUAAUGAGAAGGUUCAGCUGUGCUUGUUUCUUAUCAUGGACACUUAAAUCCCGUUCACUUCAAGGCCCGCGCUUCAGCUGCAGCCAUCAUUCUAUGAUUUGUAUCUCUAUGUAUGCAUGUGAAUGAUGUAUUUCUGGCCUUAUUAUUUACUGGCAGUUAGUUGAAUACAUGUAGAUAAUUAUUUUCUGCCGGAUUUUCUCAGCUAAGGAGGUCCGCACCAAUGAUUUUGGUGCGGAUUUCCAUCUUUUUACCACUUUUUGAUCGAAUUUUC